CUUGACUGGUACUGAGGCCGAGGAGGAGGAGGAGGACUGGUUUGACUUGUCACGGGGCCUUUCGGGCAAACAAUGUGUUUCAGUCACAGAAAAUAGUUAGUAGUUAGCUAAAAAAUAAGGAAAAAGGCAACCGGGAACAUUGAGGCGUCGCGACAGAAAAACUACGUAGGAUGGGCGAGCGCGCGGACACUGCGUUUAAUACCACUGGAUCCAAGUGGCUGCUGCCCGUCAGUGAAUACUUGGGCUUUCCUCUUGAUCAGGUGAAUUUUUUGGCGUGCCAGCUGUUUGCCCUGACUGCUGCCUUCUGGUUCCGUCUCUACCUCAGUCCUAGCCAUGCCAAUCCCCUGGUCAGGCACGCUGUGGCCACUCUCCUUGGCAUUGCCUUUCUCAUCUUCUGCUUUGGAUGGUACUCAGCACACAUCCUGACAGUGGUGGUUGCAAGCUACUUGAUAAUCAUCAAAGCUGACAUCAACAAUGUACACAGGUAUUCCAUGGUGACGGCUAUGGGCUACUUGACAGCGUGCCAAGUGAGCAGAGUCUUCAUUUUUAACUAUGGAAUACUGUCCACUGACUUCUCUGGGCCUCUGAUGAUUGUAACCCAGAAGAUCACCACACUGGCCUUUCAUCUCCAUGACGGUAUGUGUAAGAAAUCUGAUCAGCUGACCCCAGAGCAGAAGCUUUUGGCUAUAAAUGUGAGGCCUUCUCUCAUCGAGUACCUGAGUUACAAUCUGAACUUCCUGAGUGUCUUGGUGGGACCAUGCAAUAACUAUAAGGACUACAUAGAUUUCAUAGCAGGCAGACACAUCAGCAGGAGGCUCAGGCAGCACUCUUGGACGUGUAAUGGGCAGAAUGGUUAUGAUAAGACACCGGACCCAUCACCUCUGAAUGCUGUCUGUUGGAAAUUGUUGGUCUGCUGCGGCUGUAUGCUGUUCUUCCUCACUGUGACUCGGUCCUUGCCGAUAACGUACAACGUGGACCCCCACUUUGUCAGCCACGCCCCCUUCCUCACCAGGCUCACCUACGCUUUCUUCUCCAUACAAGCAGCAAGGCCCAAAUUCUACUUCGCCUGGACACUAGCUGAUGCAGUCAAUAACGCUGCAGGUUAUGGUUUUUUGGGGAUGAAUGAAAAUGGAAAGCCAUCUUGGGACCUUAUCUGCAACCUCGACAUCUUGAGGAUUGAGACCGCAACCAGCUUCAAGACAUUUAUAGACAACUGGAAUAUUCAAACAGGAAUUUGGCUCAAGACGGUGUGUUAUGACCGAGCCCCCAAGCACAGGUUGCCGUUGACCUUUAUUCUGUCUGCCCUGUGGCACGGUGUUUAUCCAGGGUACUAUUUCACCUUCAUCACUGCCAUCCCUAUCACCAUGGCAGCACGGACUGUACGGAAGUCUGUUCGCCAUUACUUCCUGGGCUUCAGAGGCUUGAAGCUGGGAUAUGACAUCUUAACUUGGGCAGCCACCCAGCUGGCCAUCUGCUACACGGUCAUGCCUUUUCUACUUCUUGCAGUAGAACCCACUUUGGUUUAUUACAGGUCUAUGUACUUCCACGUGCACAUCAUUAGCAUUCUGGCUGCGAUCACCCUGCAUUGGAAACACAAACCCAGGGAACCCUCUGCGACCAUCAAAACGUUUUCCCCCGCCUCCUCCUCGUCUUCGUGCUCAGCCCAGUGCCAGCCUGUUCACUCCAACAACAAUGACAAAGUAGACUGAAAAUCCCCUCUUCAUGUUCUUUUACCAGGCUCUCAGUCCACGGUGUUCUCUCAAAGACAAGUGAAAGGGCAUUCAGCCAACUUAAAAUGGGAAAACAUUGUGUUAUUUAUUUUUUGGGACAAGGCAGAGUAAAGAGUUAGGACAAAAACUUUGGUGGUACAGUACGAUGCAGGAUUUGAACCUAUGGCACUGGAUGUACAUGGGGCUUUCCUGCCAUAUUGUAAGAUUAAGACAAUACAUCAAAAAUAAGCCCAGCAAGAAAGAGAAACAUUAGCUGAGGGAACGUCUCUGGUACUACUACCACCACCACCAGGGCGCUGGCCUCCCUCCAUUUUCCCUUUCACUUUUCCCCCUCCAUGCCCAUCUCAACACCAGCCUUCCUGCUCCAACAACAAUACAACAGUUUGAAGAGAGAAAGGAGGCUCACUUUCUUUCCUGUCCUCUAUCUGCGCUAUCCUGCCAGCACAGUGGGAGAGCAGCUCAAAAACAGGGUACAAAUACUAGGACGCACACGCACACACACACACAUACACACACACACAAAUUCAUGCAUAAACAGACAGACACUAGGAAACAAAUAUGCACAUACUCUCUUAGAUACGCUCGUACUUGGUCACAGUCGGAUGGCUUACAAAGGCUACCCUUGUAUGGCCACAACAAAAGAGCAUGCCAAGGGGAGAGAGAGCCCUUGUUUUUAUAUAUGUAUGUGUGUGUGUGUGUGUGUGUGUGAUCGUUUACCCUCUGUUACGUUCCACCAACCUCUUUCACUGACCCUGUGUGUGUGUGUGUGUGUGUGUGUGUGUGUGUGUGUGUCUUGGAGCUUGUCAUGAAAAACUGUUAGUUUGUACUAGCUGGGUGGAAAGACACUUGAAAUACCAAUUAGACCAUGCAGCUCUCAAACUGUCCAGUGAAACCAUUACUAAUGAAGUCUUUUAAGCACAGGAUGGCAGAGCUCCUCCUGGUGAGGAGACUUUGCUAUGCUGUAGAACAAGUAAACACUUUAUUAUAGUUUAUAUGGAUAAUCAUGGGCUUUAUCUAUACCCCAGUAAACGUAAAAGAAAAGCUAACAAAUAUUUAAAGAAUAAAUUGUGCGAUAUUACAGCAACAAGCUUUUGCUUAUGUUGUUUUGCAUUGCACAAUUGUAAUAAGUGAUGAAGUGGUGCAAUAUGAGCACACAUUGUUGAAAGAAAAAGCAUACAAAUACCUGUUAUCAUGAUAUAGGGUAACUGAACAAAAAGCUGUGGUGAAAUUGAGAGGAAAUACAUUUGAAGUUUCUCUUUUUGGGGUAACCAUUGCACACUCAAAAAAUGGAAAAUAUGACCAAAAGUAGGAAUUUAUAAAUAAAAUGUAUUUCUUCUCAGUAGGAGUGUGGUGCUGUGGUCGCUCUGUGGUUCUUUGUGAGAUUUGAAAACUGUUAAUUUACCAGAGCUUAUCAGCAGCUGCAGGUUGAUAGAACAGAGACAUCUGCUGGUUGUUUAUAUUGUCUGAACUCUGCUGAAUUAAAUAAUGAAGAUAAGCCAAAUGGGACUGACUGAAACUGCCACGCUGCAGCAUCUCCCAGUGCAACUUCAUACCAACUAUGAGAAGAAAGCAUAAUUUUCCACUGAUAUUACAAAUUCAAAAUUCACAAUUUCUUCUCUUCACUAGCUUUUACUUUUGCACAAUCGAAGUUGAUGAAUCAGAAGGUGAUGCUUAUGAUUAGAGUUGAGCUAAGCCCAGUGAAAACACACACACAAAGAUACAUUCACAUUUUUAAAUUAUUAAUUAUUAUUCUGUUAUUUUUUGUUAUCGCGUUAUCACUCAUGAGAGGUUUGGGAGCAUUGGGAGUUUUAAAAGCAGCACAGUGGCUUGGUUAUUAAUGGUGCUAUCUGCUGCAGGCUAGCAUGUUAGCUUUCAGCUACAUUUAUGGAUUAGUUAUAAGGUUUGAUAACAACGCUAACAAGUUGCCAUGCAAGAAUGUUUUUUUUUUUUUUGGGUAGUGUAAGUGCCUGGUGAAGAAAAACGACAUUACACUUGAAAAUGUCAGGUUUAAAUGCAUUGUAUGGGUUGCCUAAUGAAAAUGCAAUUUCUUUCUUUUGGUAUAACACAUUUAUCUGUUUCAUCAUGUUGGUGACACAAUCUCAAUGUAUUUUCUUACCUGCUUUGGAAUUUAAUCUCAAUUGUUUGACUACAGGAAAAAUGCGUAUUUUGAACUCGCCUAUAUUGGCUCAGUUUACAUAUUGACUCAACCCUCUAAUUUUUAAUAUGUAAAGCCUCAGAGCCUGUUUAUACAAGAAAAAAAUCAAACUUCAUUUAACUUUUGGAGUAAAGCUGGGGAUAUUUAAUUUUUGUUGAUUUAUUUUAAUGUUUAACUGCACAUUAGUACCUCUCGGAGUUAAUGAAGCAUCAGUAAUGGCUGCUCUUUGCUAUAACAUUGAAUUGCUGUUGUGAAACAAAGCCCUUAUUAACUGAUAUAGAACUAGCCGUUACCUUUAAAUUAAUUGUUAUCAAUAACAUGUUCAUGGCACUGUAUGUCUGCAUGUUGCUAAUGUUUUUAGUGCAGGGAAAUGAGCGAUGAGUGGCACAUAUUAAGUAUGAAUGAGCAGCUAUUUGAAUGACUUAAUACUGAUUAUGAAGAUAUUUUUUGUAUGUGUUGUUGCAGAUGUAUGUAUGAUCAAAUAUACUGACUGUGUGUGUGUGUGUGUGUGUGUGUGUGAUAUUUUCUUAUUACCCCAUUGCUCCGUUUUAGUAUUGUUUGUAUGGAGGAGAGUGAGUGGUAUAAAAAAAUUUGAGUAACAAAUAAAGCUUCAUUGAAAUAUU